CACACGCAAAUCUAUCACAUGCCGAGAAAACGCAGUGUUUAUCAUGUGAAUUGGACUCAGUUCCCCCUUCCGACCACUGUGUGGUUCAUUCCAGCGGCUCUGUAUCUUUAGUGCGAGGUGCGUUCCUGCUGUCAUCAACACACUGAGCCAGGCAGUUCAAUCACUCCGCUGACACGCCAGCGAAGUGAAUUUCGAUGGAGAGGUUAAGACCGAGCAGAUAUAUUCUCGUGCAGGACUGUUUUAUGCCGAACUGUUAAUGGGAAUGCAUCGACUUACUGCGGAAACUGUCUCUGAAUCACCUUGGCCCUUGGUUGCGGGGCUGUGAGCAGCUACCAUGACGUAUCCCAACACCAGCAUACUGUCAGCCAACUUCAGUGAAGCUUUGGACGGCCAUGACUCCGGGGGAAACAUCUACAGGCCUUUUUCUGUUUUCAGCGUGCUCACUCUUACAUUACUGGCAAUGCUGGUGGUGGCCACCUUUGUGUGGAACUUGCUGGUGCUGGUGACCAUCCUGAGGGUGAGGACAUUUCACCGGGUGCCCCACAACCUUGUGGCUUCCAUGGCCAUCUCUGACGUGAUGGUGGCUGCCCUGGUCAUGCCGCUCAGCCUUGUCCAUGAGCUGAACGGCAGGCUGUGGAAACUGGGCCGCGUGCUGUGCCAGGUGUGGAUCUCCUUCGACGUGCUCUGCUGCACAGCCAGCAUCUGGAAUGUGACGGCCAUCGCGCUGGACCGCUACUGGUCCAUCACCAGGCAUCUAGAGUACACGCUCAAGACGCGCAAAAAGAUCUCAAAUGUGAUGAUCGCACUCACGUGGCUGCUGUCGUCCAUCAUUUCCCUGUCACCGCUUUUCGGCUGGGGGGAGACCUACACAGAGGGGAUGAAGUGCCAGGUGAGCCAGGAGCCGUCCUACACGAUCUUCUCCACCUUCGGAGCAUUUUACCUGCCGCUUUGUGUGGUGCUGUUUGUUUAUUGGAAGAUCUACAAGGCUGCCAAGUUUCGGAUUGGCUCCCGCAAGACCAAUACAAUAACGCCCAUGGCUGAGGUAAAGGACGAAACACAUCAGCCGCAGAUGGUGUUUACUGUGCGCCAUGCCACCGUGACCUUCCAGACAGACGGGGACACAUGGCGCGAGCAGAAGGAGAAAAAGGCAGCGCUGAUGGUAGGCAUUUUGAUCGGCGUGUUUGUACUUUGCUGGAUCCCCUUCUUCAUCACCGAGCUCAUCGUCCCACUGUGCUCUUGUGACAUCCCACCCAUCUGGAAGAGUAUCUUCCUGUGGCUGGGAUACUCCAACUCCUUCUUUAAUCCGCUCAUAUACACAGCCUUUAAUAAGAACUACAACAAUGCCCUGAGGAACCUCUUCUCCCGGCAGCGCUGAGCCACUCAGCACCCUCGGCAGACACACUACACCAGCAUGCACUCCACUGUGUUACUCCUCCAGACAGAGAAGGACUAAACUGUCUAUAUCCAUCACUCAAUCAACCUUCAGAUGGAUGAUAACCAGAGACUGUCUGAAAAUACUGUCUUUAUAAAUUUGUUGUUUCUUUUCAUGUUUUGUUUUGUCUAUUACCAUGCUGAGGUUACCUCACAGCUGGACUGAGACAAGUCACUGAGCUACUAGAGAGUAUCUACAGAGAGAAAUCCAUUGGUUGUGUCGUGACAGUACUGGAUACAGUGCUGUCUACAUGUUGGUUUCCUUCUGCUGUUUCAGGCUUGUUAGGGAGGAAGCCAUGUUAACUCCCUCAUAAACAGUUUCAGCAUCAUAUGUGAAGCUGCUGGGAAUAAUUUAGAACAAAGCUGGAAGAAAUUCUUCAAAAUAAUCUUUUAGAAUGGCACAAAAAUAACCUCAUAAAUAAUAAACCAA